GUCAUCUGUUGGUAUUCCUCUUUUAGACUACAUACUAAAGAAGAAUUCCCUACAGAAUAAAAGUUAUUUGAAAAUAUCAUAUAGAGCUAUUAGGAAAACUUACGAAAAUGCGCACGAGCCUGCUUUUGCUGGUUCUGGCCGCGCUGUUAAUGCAGUCUGCAUAUGGUCGCCAUGAGGGAAAUCGAAAAGGAUAUAAAUUGUUUGGACAACGCGGGCGUUCGAACGACGAUGAACCUCGUUUUAUCACAGCAUGGAUGAAUAAGAAGACAACAACAACUACUCCUAAGCCAACUACUACUAUGACUACGGGACCAGAACCACCAACAACAUGUGAACCAUGUACACCAACAGGAACAUUACCACCAACACCUCCAACAGGAACACUUCCUCCAACACCUCCAACAUCCUCCACCUCCACCUCCGCCACCACCACCACCACCACCACCACCUCCACCACCACCUCCUCCACCACCACCACCACCACCUCCUCCACCACCACCACCUCCUCCACCACCACCACCACCUCCUCCACCACCACCUCCACCACCACCACCUCCAGAUGCACCAAUGAUGAAGAAGAUGAUGCCAAGGAUGAUGAAGAAGAUGAACCCAAGGAGGAUGAUGAAGACAAAGAAGACGACGAAGAAGAAGAAGAAGAUAAAGAAGAAGAGGAGGAAAAUGAAGAGGAAGAGGAAGCAGCUCGUGGCUUAAGUCGCUUUGUUAGACCAAAACUCAAUAGCAAAUAUGAUGACGAUGAAAGCGAUUUAGUUAAUCUUAGCAACGAAAAGGAUGACUUGACCACCAAUCCCGCAGAACUUGGUCGUGCUGCACGAUCACGCAUCUCUAAUUGGCGCCGUCGUCAAAUGAUGCGCCGUCGUCGCCAACAGGCUAUGAGACGCAGACAACGCAUCAUGCAAAGAAAACGUUUAAGGAACUUUAGAAAGAACAGAAAUAGAAACAGUUAUCGUAAACGUUUGCAAAGACACCGCAGACGUGAAAUGAUUCGCAGACGCAAUCGAAUUCAGAAAAUGCGUCGCCGGGAGAUUCUUAGACGUAGACGUCUAGCAGCAAGCCGCCGCAGAGUAGCACUACGCCAUAGGAGACAAUUAAUGAGAAUUAGAAUGCAACGUAUUAGGGCUAAAAGACGCCGUGCUAAUUUGAAAUUCAUGUUAAAUAUUGAAAUUUUAUUUACAGAUGGUCGACAUGAAGGAAAUAGAAAAGGAUAUAAAUUGUUCGAACAACGAGAGCGCUCGAACGUAGGAGAACCUCGGUUUUACCCAUGGAUGAAUAAACAUCAACCACAACAACCAGCUCCUGAACCACCUACUACUACUAUGGUACCAGCGCCACCACCAACAACAUGUGAACCAUGUACACCAACUGGAACAGUACCCCCAACACCUCCAACUGGAACAGUACCUCCAACACCUCCAACAGGAACACUUCCACCACCACCACCUCCACCACCUCCUCCACCACCGCCUCCACCACCACCUCCGCCACCACCUCCACCUCCACCACCGCCGCCACCACCUCCACCUCCUCCACCACCACCACCUCCACCACCACCACCUCCUCCACCACCACCACCUCCAGAUGCACGUUCAGCUAAUGACGAUGAACUACCACAAGCAGGAGAUGACGAGGAUCUUAAAUUUGAUGAAGAUGAUGAAUACAACUAUGAAGAUGAUAGCGCAGAAGUAGCUGACAGUGAUCUAGAUCGUAGACCUAGAUUCGAACAAAAUGAAUUACUUAAUAUUAACAACAAUAUGAAGAACUUCAAUAACCCUGCUGGACUUGGUCGUUCUGCAAGAGCUCGCCCUAAUAACUAUCGCCGCCGACAGAUGAUGCAACGUCGUCGUCGUCAAGCAGCUUUAAGACGCCGACAACGCCUUAUGAGAAACCGCAGGCGUCAAAUGAUGCGCAGACGUAUGCGUUUCCAAAGGAUACGUCGCCAACAACAACGCAGACGUAGGCGGCUAGCAGCUAAUCGUCGCAAAAUAGCAAGGCGCAAUAGAAGACGUAUAAGUCGUCUUAGAAAACGAAUUAAAAAGGCCAACAAACGUCGUGCUCAAUUGAGACGCCGCUACAGAAAUCGUCUGCGCAGUAGGAGAAAUCGCCGUAGCAGGAGACGCCGCAACAGACGCCAUUACUAGAUACAACACCUGACAAACGAUAAAUAAAUUAUUUGAAAACUUAUAAUAUA